GGUCUGUUUUCAAACAACGGUGUGAAUCUUUCUGGAACGAAUGGUCGGGGUGACCGGAACAUAAUUACAAAAAAAAAGAAACAACUUUAUUAAAACAAUUAAAUUAAUAAAUAUAAGACUUAAAUACAGAAUGCAGAAGUUAAAUCGUCGGGAAACAUUUUAUUUUACCCACAAAUUGAAAGGAGUUCAUUGAUUUUUAUUUCUGGUGGUGGCUUAUCAGUAGCCUUGUUUCACACUGGGAAAGUAAAACUUACAGUCGAACUGUGAACCAAGGCGGGGUCAGUUCAUCUCCAUACUUCAAAACUCCUAAGAACUUCAUAAAUCCAGUGUGUGGGUCUUCCAGUGAGUUGGAGAGGAUUGAGGAACCAUGACACAGUUUGAAACCUUGAUAUGGACUAUACCUAUUAUAUUGGUGCUUGUAAGCACCGGAUCCUGUAUUGCAUGUGGUAGAGCCGAGUACAGAAUAGGGGAUGAAUGUUGUCCCAUGUGUUUACCAGGAAAUCAUGUACAUAAGCAUUGUACUGAAUUCACCAGCACCAUCUGUGUGCUCUGUGUUGAUUCUACAUUCCUUGAUGAGCCCAAUGACCUCAUAAAAUGCAAAGUGUGUACCAACUGUGAUCCAGGUUUGGGUUUGAAGGUAAAGCAGCCAUGUAGACCUUCAUCAGACACUGUCUGUGGGACACUGGAGGGGUUCUACUGUCUAGACCCAACUAAGGAUGGUUGUAGAGCAGCCCAGAGACACAGCAGCUGUAAACCUGGUCAAUACAUCAGCCACACAGGAACAACAUCUACAGAUACUGUGUGUGCUGACUGCACUGGUGAUACUUAUUCAGAUGGAUCAUUUACAGCCUGCCAGUCACACACACAAUGUGAUACCUUGAAGCUUCAGCAAAUUAAACCUGGAACUCAAUGGUCUGACUCUGAAUGUGGACCACAGACCUCCAUACCCAUAGCUGCAAUAAUAUAUCCUGUUGUGGUGGUGGUGGUGGUGGUGCUACUAGGUGUCAUAGCAACUAGAAGAACAAAAAAAACAUAUCCUGUAUAUGGUGAGAUUAUUUUGGGGAAUUGUACAGUUUCAUUUAUUGUUUUAAUUGCCCAGAUGAACAAGUGAGAAAUAUCCAGCACU